UCGCAACAUAAACACACCCCUGUGGUGUAAACGUGAAUAUUUAUAUAGGUUUAUGCUUUAAAACGGGUUUAUAAAACGAUAUUUUUGCGUAAACGUUAGAUUUGUGUGUAGCUCCUCCAAACUGCGAUGUUUUGCCCCGCCCACUAAAAUUCCUGGGCGACUGAGAGAGGCGUCGUUACUUAAAGAAACGGCUGAAGUCGAGCUACCUGUUAAAGAACAGCACCAGACGGUAAACCGGUACAACGAGAUACUUUACUGACAACUCGGAAUUAUUAGAAAAUCGACUUCAUAACCGAAAGUGUGGCCUUUAUUGGCAGCACACGGGCGCUCGCGCACACGCACGCGCACACUCUCUGUCUCUCUCUCUCUUGUUUAUAAUCACACAAAAAUGGAAAUACUGGACAACAAUGAGACGUUUUUACAUUGGGACCGGAAUCUGAGCGAGCUGUCCGAGUCAGGAGAUAACGACAGUGUCCUGUACAGCACACACUUCACCGAGCUCCUGGAUGACAUGUCUCAGGAGGUGCUGCUGGGCCAGCUGCUGAGCGACCCCUUCCUGUCGGGGAGGAGCGACAUGAUGGACAUGGACGAGGAGCUGAGCCCGACCUCUCCACCGCCUCCUCACAUCCAGGCUGAGCACAGCUACUCUCUGUGUGGAGACUCGCGCCCUCAGUCACCCCUCUCCCACCUGACCACGGAGAAAACCAGCAGCGAGCCUAGAGAGUCCGACAGCGAGGACUGGCCGAUGGAGCAGGAGGUGGUAGAGGAGGUGGAGGAGGAAGAGGAGAGGUUAAACCUGAAGAUGGAGCCUCUGCUGUGCGAUUCUCCAGCACUGCUGCCUACGGUGACUCUCACACUGACGAUGGAACCAGCGACCGCUGCUUCCCUCUCACACACCACACAGCUCAACACACAGAUGAAAGAAGAUGAGAGCUUCAGCCCACAGAUUAAACUGGAGCCACAUGAGGUGGAUCAGUUCCUGAACCUCUCCCCUAAAGAGCUUGAGGCUUUGCAGAUGCCCCCGACUCCUCCCAGCUCUCAUGGCAGUGACUCAGAGGGCAGUCAGAGCCCUGUGCACCCCUGUGCUCCUGCCAGCCCCACACAGAAUCCAGCUGUCCUCAAGGUGGCGCAGCGCACAUCAUCCUCACUGCCCAACUCACUGUCCAACUCACCCCUGCUCACUGCCCCUCAUAAGCUGCAGGGCUCUGGGCCUCUCAUGCUGACAGAAGAGGAGAGACGAACUCUGAUAGCAGAGGGUUACCCCGUUCCCACUAAGCUGCCUCUGUCCAAAUCUGACGAGAAAGCCCUGAAAAAGAUUCGCAGGAAAAUCAAGAAUAAGAUUUCUGCUCAGGAAAGUCGCAGGAAGAAAAAGGAAUACGUGGACGCCCUCGAGAAAAAGGUGGAGACGUGUUCCAACGAGAACAGUGAGCUGCGCAGGAAAGUGGAGAACCUUGAAAGUACCAACAAGUCUUUGCUGCAGCAGCUGCACUCCCUGCAGGCCAUGGUGACAGGAAAAGUCCCUCGCUCGUGCAAAAUGGCCAGCACUCAGACUUCCACAUGCCUCAUGGCGCUGGUCCUGUGUUUCGCUGUGGUCCUGGGAAGCUUCUACCAAAGCCUGAGCCCCUGCUCGUCCAUCACCAAGACUGAUCUGUCCAGAAAGCUCACCAUGCAGGAGUCUUACACAACUACAGUGAAGUCCAGGAACCUGCUGGCUGUUGACAAGUUUGGUCUAGGCGACGAGCUUCGCCCCACCGGACUGGGUGGAAAAUAUCCAGAAUGGGACACGCAGACUAACGACAUGGCGAUGUGGCGUCUGGAGCCGCAGCAUAGAGUCAACCAAGCCACGCCUCCAACUCCAGAACCCAGCCCACAUUUCAGUCAGAACGACAGCACCAACAACAGCACACAAAAAGCCCUCCUGAUCGACCUGCACACACACAGGUCGGCAGAGUCGCAAUCCAGCGAAGGUCCGAAAGUCAUCGAGCUGGAGAGAACGGUGAACGAGCCGUCGUGAAGACGGACGAUCCUCCUCGAUCUCACCUCCACCUUAACGGCAGGAGGACACACCAAACCCUUUCUGUAUUUAUAGACUUCCUUUAUGUAUUGUUCCUUUCACUGUUUUCUUUUUUUUUAUAUAUAUAUAUGUAUGAAAAAAAAAGUAAAAAAACAAAAAAAAGGAUAUUAUAUCAUUCCACCAUUAUAUAUAAAAUUUUGAUACUAUAUUUUAAACCUUUUUUUUUCCCCCUCUACUUUUUUUCCUCUUCUGUGUAAUGUACAUAUGGUCCUGGGUUUGUAUUUAUAAAAGAACUAUUUUCACUCUCCGUCAGAGUCGGAACCGUGAGUCUAAAACAUGAGUUUUGAAACAUAUCAGAGUUAAAACAUCUAACAAGGUCUUCUGUUUGGAUGUUAGGGUUAGUAAAUCAAAUCACGAGGAUCAGCAACAGAUAAUCAUGUAAUGACUUUCUAUGAGAGCUCUACUCAUGUUCCACACACGUGAAGAGGGAUAGAAGAGGGAUCAAUCUGAACGUGUGUUGUUAUGGCGACACGCGACGCGUCUCCACACGUUUUUCUGUUCUAAAGUGAGCAACUAAUACAGGAUCCUUUUUUUUUUUCUGACUAGUACUAAUAAUGUGGAAAAACACUGUAGGUUUUAAGCCAUCGUCCAUUAAUGUCCGGAUUGUGAGUUUGGCCUCCUGUCAGUCAUUUUAUAGACACGCCCCCUAACACGCCUUCACAUUGCUCUUAAACCUUGAGUUUCCGUCUGUACGUCAUGGGUUGUGGAAUUAAUGCAGUUCAGUGAUCCUUGCUAAUGCUAAUUCAAGUCGAACCAGGUUUGGGGGCGGAGCUUUGUGUACUUCUUAUUCAUCUUAACCCAAUUACACUGUUUGUUUGUUUGUUUGUUUUUUGUUUGUUUGAUGGAGAUCGGACACUUCUGAUCGACAUGAUUUAAAGAAAAACCUCUCAGUAUUGCUUCCAUCGUCUUUGUCACGAAGAGAACGUGUCGUGCGUCACAUAACCAAGAUUUGUUGACUUCUUGUUGUUGUUUAUUUUUUUUUUUUUUAUGCAAGACCUUUAAUGUCUGUACUUUGCCUUUAAAAGGUCAUUACAGAAGAUUACAAGGAAGACCAGUGAAAUCUGAUCAUAUUUCCUGCCUUCUGAAGACACAUUGCCAUGUUUUGAUCCUCACCCAUUACAGCCUGCACUGCUUUCAGCUGUUUGGGAGUAAAUGACUGGGAAAGUUUUUCUGAUGAUGAUGAUGAUGAUGAUGAUAAUGAUGAUGAUGCCCAGAAUCUUGCCUGCACUGUAUCUCCAAAGAAUCAAUGUAUUUAUUAUUUUUUUUAAACAUCUUUAGUUCUCUUUUUUAUUACACACUGCCACGUGUUUUCUUCUUGAUGCGAUGCAAAUCUUUUAUAUCUUUAUCUUUAAUAAUAAUAAUAAUAAAUAAAAAAAAACCGCCAUAUUUUUUACAUCACUGUGUUAAACUGUAGCUACCGUUUCUGCUCUGCUACAGUUCCAGCAUUAAAAUCCUCUCUUCUUCUUCUUUUCUUUAUAUGAAGUAAAAUAUUUUCCUUAGAAAA